AUGGUGGAUGCCGAUAGCUGUGUGGAUUUACCUCUGACUGUGCCGCAGAGAGACCAUAGCUCCGUUGCUAGAGUAGUGUUGGCUGCCGCUUUGCUUUUAAGGAAAUUCGCCGUCUCCGAUCGUCUCAAAAAACGAGCCAGCGUGAAGUUGUAUAGAACACGGGAGAGAGACUUCAAGCAGGACAUGAACGACACGGAGCAGAGGCCAGAGUCGAUGCCCUGGCCCUUCCCAGCGGAUGGACGGAUGCCCGCCGUGCCCACCCUGGUGGAGUCAUGCAAUCGCUUCAUGUGCCUAACCUCCCGUCUGAAGUCCCGCGAUAACAAGGAGCCGGAGAAGCCUCCGGAUGCCGUCGAAGAUUUGCGCUCCUACCCCGAGGAGGAGUUGCCCGAGAGCCGCGUCAACUUCCACAAGACAUUCAGCAUGCUGAUAAACAUGGGAAACAACGUCGAGAAAGGGUGCAGGAGAACUAUAAGCCGCGAGGAGCAAGUGUGGCAGAACGAACUCAAAGACUUAAUAUGGUUAGAACUGCAGGCGAAAGUAGCGGGCCGUACGCUCGCACAACAGGACGCUUACCUCUGUUCACAACGUAAUGCCGUGCCCACCAUACUACAGAACAUCAUGGAAUAUAAAUUCGUGAACUCUAACCGUUGCACGUCGCACCUGUGCGCUGUGGAGGGGUCGCGGGAGGACCUCGCCGACGACGGCGUCGACUGUACACACUGUCAUGACGACGACGAAGCUAAUCAACCGGGAUGUCUAUCGUUCAACUGUUCCCACUGCACAGACGCCAUCGGGAAGGCGAUGAGGGAGAUCAGUUCGCUCCUGGAUUCCUUCUACAGCGCUUUGGAAUUGUACCCGUCCAGCAAAGCUAUGACAGUCGAGCAUCCGUUAAUAGCCACUAGCGUGUUCAAAAAUAGACUCAAGGUCGGCAAAAGCUUUCAAUCGGCUGGCUGGCUUUUCAGAUGUGGACAUUUUCUGUUCAAAUUCAGCUGCGUUCAAAAAGGCCGUAUUAGAUUUUUGGCUAGAGUCGAUACAGAAUGUGACGGUGACUAUUUUAAUAUAAUAAUGCGUGCUAACGUUGCGCACGCUGCUGGCUUAGGUCUUGGUAGAUGUCUUGAGAAACGUUCGCGUGUGCUAGUGCUGGGACACACUUGUAGGCGUCAAGACAAUAAUUAA